AUGGCCAAGAAGGCGAAGGGAGACGCAGCCGCCGAGGGCGCGAGUACGCCGGCCCCCGCCCGGCAGGCCUCGGACGCAUCCUCGCGCCGCAGCGACGACGACGACCAUAGCGACGGCGCGGCCUCCGAGGCCAGCCACCGCCAGCACGACCGCCCGCGCUUCGACUCGCGGGUCUCGUGGGCCGACUCGACGCGCCUCGACCGCUUCGACUCGCGCGCGUCCAUGAUGAGCAACCGCGACCGCUCCGACUCGAAGGCCUCGGUGCGCAGCACGUCGAGCCGCGUGAGCACCAAGAGCCUCCGUGCUGCGGCCAACAACAAGGACCUCCCCAAAGCCGAGCUGGACGCGAUCGACGAGGAGGACUACCAGUUCGUCUCGGCGUUUGCCGAUUUUGACGUGCACGACCAGCCGAUCCGUGAGCAGCUGCAAAAGUCCCUCGACAUUGUCAACGAGCACACGUCCAAGCUCAAGGAGAUUGAAGACGCCUUGUCGGCCGCCAUGUCGGAAGUGUGGGGCUACUGGGCCGACCCGAUCCAGAUGCAUUUGCAUCCUGCCGAGCGCGUCGACGUUCAGGACCUCAUCCGCACCGACAACGAGCUCUUCAACAAGGUGCUCACGGUCUUUGCCGUGCUCUGCGACGAGAUCUCGGAGCUCAAGGUCACGGUGGAAGACAACUUUUACCCGGCGCUCAUCAUGUUUGGGCAAGCCAAGCAUGGCGACACCGCGGCCGUCAAGCCCGGCGAGGACGAAGUGCACAUUGGUCGCAUGCUGCCCUUCUUCCAACUCUGGAAGUCGACGUUCAAGCACGUGCAUCUGACGUCUGUCUUCGACGCGUUUGCCAACCUCCUCGAGAUCCUCAUGACGCUCGAUAUGAUUGUACUGGACAACCCCAACAUUGUCACGUCCUGGGACAAGUACAAGCGCAUGAUGCAGUAUGUGCGCGCCGACCCCGCGCGCUACAACGUGACGCUCGAGAAGGUCAAGUCUUUUGAGCAGCUCCUCGUCAACCUCGAUCAAACCUUUAUGGGGGCCAAGUGCUUCCAGACGUGCAUUGAGCAAGACUUUGAGACGCUCUUGUCGUUUGAAGACAGCGAAGAUGAGGACGAGGACGAGGACGCUGCGCAGGCCAAGACGAUCGACGUGCGCAACAACCGCGUGUUUCUGGAUGAGUUUUUCCACUGCCUCAGCACGCGCAUCCAGUCGAUCGAGGCGGCGCUCGGGACGCCCGCGGAAACGUACGAGCGCACGCAGCUCGUGGGUACGACGGGUUUGUAUGUGAUGUUUCGCAAGCUCAUGCCGCCCAACGUGCUCCCGGACGCUGCGCUCUACGACAAGCUCUGGAGCUGCCAGCUCAAAGCGCCGAUCGUCGUGCUCUGUGGCCGCCUCAACUGGUGCCUUCCCGAGUUCCUCCUCAAGUACGCGCCUCUCCAAGCCAAGAACGCCCAAGCCAUUGACGUGCUCGAGGCGCGCCGGCAGUACCUUGUUCGCAUGGACGAGACGUUUGCGGACGACGUGCACUUCGUGCAAAUGGAAGUCCGCGCGUGGCUCGUCCGCUUCGAGUCGUUCUUUCAGUGGACGACCCGCGGCUCGGGGGACACGGCCCGCGUCCUGGGGAUUCGUGGCAACCUCAUCGUCAAGGGCCUCAUUCUCGCGCGGCGCGUGCAGACCAUGAUGCAGACGCUCGUGCAAUUGCACUUGCUGCUCAAGAUCCCGAUGCCGAAGCGCAUUGUGCGGCCGUUGUAUCAAUGUAUCGAGAUGACGAAAGCGAUCGAGUUUAUGAUGGCGCGCAAGAACCCGAUUUUGGCCGAAAGCGCCGCGCUCGUCCUGCGCCAAGUGGCGCAUGCGCUCACGCUCUUCUUCCGGCCCAUCAAGGCGCGUCUCGAAGCGAGCAAGCGCUUUGACGACACCAAGCUCGAUGUGCUCGCGGCCGUCUCGGUCGUCGAGGAGCUUUUGCACUCGGGUAGGCGCUGUCACUGCAUUGCGCUCAUCCCGGAUGUGGUCGAGACGGGCAGCGAUGCGAAAAAGGCGGCCGCGCCGGCCGUGAAUCCCAUCGAGGCGCUCAAGCACCUCUGGAAGAUGCACGUGCUGAGCGACUUUCAACGCAAGAUCCGCGUCGCGUGCGACUGCUCGUUCUUGUACUGGAGCCGCGAGCUCCUCCACCUCUUUGUGCAAGACAUUUACUCGAUGCCCGAGCAAGCGUCGCGCCUCCAAUACGUCGUCGGCGGCUUUCUGGACGCGAUGAAGUCGCUCCAAGGCGCGCAGCACGAGGUCGAGACGGCGGGGUACGUCAACGCGUACGCCACGUUCAUCGAGGGCGUCGUGGAAGAGGAGCUGGUCGCGCCGCUCUGCAUGGACAUUGAGAACGACCUCCGCCUGCACAUUCACUCGGUGCAUUUGGAUCAUAUGCAAGCCCCAACCGCUUACGCACACCGACUUCAAGGUAUGUAUCGAUGGAUGGUGCUCCAUUACUUUAUGGACUUGCGCCCGCUGCGUCUCUGGGGCAAGGAGCUCGACUUGCGCGACCGUGUGACGCACUACCUCGAGUCGACGUUCUACAACCUCACGACCGUCGCGCUCCACGACUGGAAAACGUAUGGCGAAAUGCGGCAGCUCGCCAACGACAAGUACGGUCUCCAGCUGGCCGAGAACCAUCUCCCAAUGGGGUCGUUGGACCAAGGUCUGGACAUUCUCCAGAUCAUGCGCAACAUCCACAUCUUUGUCGCGCGGUACAACUACAAUCUGAACCAGCAGUUCUUUCUCGAGCGCCGGUCGGACAAGGGGUCGCGCCACCUCAACGGGAUUUCGAUCCACAGCAUUGCGUCGUCGAUCCGCACGCACGGCAUGGGCAUCAUGAACACGACCGUCAACUUUACGUACCAGUUUCUGAGCAAGAAGAUGGACAUCUUCUCGCAGUUUCUCUUUGACGACUACAUCAAGAGCUUCCUCAAGCGCGAGCUGCGCUGGUACAAGAGCCACAAGGACGACGCGGACGUCGACCACAAGUACCCGUACACGCGCGCGUUCGAGUUCAACAAGGAGAUUCGCCAGCUCGGCGUCUCGGACGCGGGCCGCACCUUCCUCGACCAGUACCGCAUCCUCAUCACCGAGAUUGGCAACGCGCUUGGGUACGUGCGCAUGGUGCGCUCGGCGGGCAUGAACUACUGCAGCAACGCGAUCAAGUUUGUGCCGGACCUCAACCAGCGCAACUUCGAGUUUGCGCCCGUGGUCCAGGACCCGGUGCUCUCGCACGAGACGGUGGUCGCGGCUUCGAACCUCGACACGGCGCUCUUCAACCUCUCCAAGAACUUCAGCGAGGACAACAACUACUUCAAGGUGCUCGUCCAAGUCUUCCAAGAGGCCGUCUCGCCCGACGAGCAAAAGCACCUCGCGCUCUUCUACCAGAUCAUCCCCGCGCUCACGAUCAACUUCAUCGAGACGUCGGUGCAGGCCAAGGACCUCAUGUACAAGAACACGCGCCGGCGCGAGUCGUACUUUACCGACGAUGGCUUUGCGAUCGGCAUCGCCUACUUCCUUGCAGUCCUCAACCAAGGCGAGGACUUUGACGCGCUCCAUUGGUUCGAAGAAGUCGAGCGCAAGUACGAAGCGGACGAAGCCUUGUACAACGCCAAGCAGGCCGAGCGCGACGCGCGCAAGCAGGAGGCGGCCGCCAAGAACAAGAAGGAGACGACAGCCGAGCUCAUUGACGACGAAGAAGAGGUCCAUACGCUCCAGCUCACGGCCAAGCGCAUUGAGCUCCAUCGCCGCGAGUUUGACUUGCUCAACUGGUCGCUCAACGGCGCGCGCAUCUUCUUCAAGGACUAG